AUGCACGCACGCUGGCGGCAGGGCGUGGAUUUGGUGCUGCGCUAUUCAACGGCCGACGGCUCGGCCGUGGCACCACUGGAUUAUACAGCACUUCCCGUGUCCAUGACGACUUUUGCUGCCCGCACAUCAGACAAGAACGUAACCGUGGCGCUGACGGGCGGCAAUCGUAUACAAGAGCCUGACAAGAGUUUUGUCGUGCAGCUGGCGUUGUUCUACGGCGCCACGCAAGUGUCGUCAGCCAACGUCACCAUCAACAUCAAAGAUGAUGACUGGACCGUGGAUGUGACCGUGAACUUCACCACGCGUGACAUCACAGCCACUGCGGCUGCUGACUACACUGCCACAAGCGGCUCACUGACAUUCACGCCUGCCAACUGGGCCGUGCCCCAACAAGUGACUGUUGACAUUCUGCGAGACGUACUCUUUGAGGCAGACGAAACAUUUGCUAUCGACAUCUCGGUGGCGGCGCCUUUUGCCUCCAUUGUGAACGCCAGUGCCUCCAGCAGCAUCGUCACCAUCAGGAACACGCUCGUGCAGUGCGAGGCCGACGAGCAGAUGGCCACGCUGGUGCCCGACAUCCUCGGCGCUGACCCCAUGGCGGCGGCGCUGCUCAUCGAGUGCCGCGGCCGCGACGCCGGCGCCCUGCAGGCCUCCAUCGACGAGGUGACGCGCGCUCUGGUGCGCCACGGGCUGCCGUUUGGCGCCAAGGCGGCCGACCCCAAGGCCAUCGAGACCUACCCCUUCAGCCACGACGCCAAGGGGCCCAAGUGUCGCUGA